GCCGUAGACGCUAACCCCGGAAGACACGUGGGUUUGUGUACGGCUCGCCAGGGACUGCUGGGAAACAUCACAUGUGAAAGGCAGCAAUGGAGCCGGUGCUGAAUCUAAAUAAUGAGCCAUCUUCCAGCGCUUCGGGAAUUUUUGUCAGUUUCAGAGCAUGCGCAAUUGUCGCAAACCAGCAAAUUGCUCCAACUGUGCAUGCCGAUCUUCCAGUCAGAUUUCCGAAGACCCGGAUGAUGGCUGCAUGGAACUCUGGUGCCAGAAUUUGCGCCGAUGGGUGGUGAAGAUGAGGAAAGAUGUGAAGAAGGUUAAAGUUCUGAUCAUUCGCAAACUUACUCGACACAUUGCAAAGCUGAAAUCUAAAAAGGGGACAGAAGAACUAACCCUUAAGAAUCAGAGGAGAGCCCAGAGAUUGCUUGAAGAAAUCCAUUCUGUUAAGGAGCUCAAACCAGAUGAUGUUACUAAAACUGCUUUAAGGAAAGAGAUCAGUUUUGAAAAAGUAUUCAAAAAGCCAAGCAGCACUACCGAGGAGCGGGCAAUAGCAAGACUGGCCACACACCCUUUGCUUAAGCAGAAAAUCACAGCUAUAAAAGAGGCUGUUAAAGCUUUUAAAGAAGCAAGAAAAACUGCUUCUGAAGGGGAGAAGGAAAAAGAGAAAGAUGAACCUAUGCAGGUCACAAAGAUUAAAGAAACAAAAAAGCCUGUGCAAGCAAAGCAGAAUAAAAAUGCAAUAAAAAAAGAGAUUCCGGCACCAAAACAACAUGUAAAAGAAGUGAGAUGCAAAAACCUGCAAGAAGAUUCAGAUAAAAGCAAUGAAAAUGCUUGUGAACCACCUCACGUGCAAGAGAACAUGCCAGCAGACACUCCGCCAAUAGCAGAAAACAAGGAACAGCCUAAGGCCCAAGAGGUAGAAAGCCCAGAGGUAGAAAGCCCAGAGGUAGAAAGCCCAGAGGUAGAAAGCCCAGUGGUAGAAAGCCCAGUGGUAGAAAGCCCAGUGGUAGAAAGCCCAGUGGUAGAAAGCCCAGUGGUAGAAAGCCCAGUGGUAGAAAGCCCAGUGGUAGAAAGCCCAGAGGUGGAUUGCCCAGAUAUAGAAUGCCCAGAGAUGGAAAGCCCACCUCAAAAGAAAGCCUGCUUGGAGCAAGUACUAAGUAGUGAUUCCAGUGAUAUUGAAGACUCCGAGCAAGAGAAGGAGUAUUUUGAUGACAGCACAGAGGAGAGGUUUUAUAAGCACUCAUCUAGUUUUGAGGAUAGUGACGGUGACAGUGACAAUGACUUUUUUAUUGGCAAAGUAAGAAGAACAAAGAAAAAGAAGUCUAAUAAAGAUGGCAUCAAGCAGAAGGAAGAAAAAGCACCACCUACCAAGGAUGUAGCACAAACAUCAGAAGUACAGAAAGAGAUUCCGACUUCUAAAUCUAUGAAAUUACAAUCUGUUUUUUGCAAGUCGUUAUCACAUACCAGGCCAAAGCCGUCCUUUACAAAAAGAGAAAGAAACUUUCCACAGGAGAGAAGUAAAAAAACAGUUGCUCCUCAGGCAAAUCCACUGGCAAAGAAGCCAUUCCAAAGCAAAGUGACAUCUGUGAAGCAACAGGGUAAGAAAUCAGAGCUGCAGCCACUACACCCCUCUUGGGAAGCCAGCAGGAAACGCAAGGAACAGCAGGCUCAGAUUACAACAUUCCAAGGGAAAAAGAUAAUAUUCGAUGAUUAGAUUCAUUUUAAUGACUUCACAAUUCUUUUAUACAGACUUUAGUUGUGUUUUUUGCCAACUGCGAAUUCCUGUAUUAAACAGUUAAUGCAUAA